AUGACCCCAGGGAACAGCAGUGAUGCCCUGGCCUUCCUGCUGGUAGGCAUUCCCGGGCUGGCUGAUCUCCACCGCUGUUUUUUCAUUCCUUUCUGUCUGAUGUAUCUCAUUGCAAUGCUGGGAAACUGCACUGUUCUGCUGGUGGUAAGAACAUACAGAGGGCUCCACGAGCCCAUGUGCUAUUUCCUUUCUAUGCUGGCCACCACAGACUUGGGUCUGACCCUGUCCACCCUGCCCACAGUGCCAUAUGUGUUCUGGUUUGGUGCUAUGGAGAUCAGCUUCCCAGUCUGCCUCACUCAGAUGUUCUGCAUCCAUGCCUUCUCCUUCAUGGAGUCCUCAGUGCUUCUGGCCAUGGCCUUUGAUCGCCAUAUGGCCAUCUACUACCCACUGAGGUAUUCCUCCAUCCUUACUCCUACAAAGAUUGCAAAGGUUGGACUGGGGAUUGUCUGCCGAUGCACUCUGACACUGUUCCCAUUAAUCUGCCUUCUUACACGGAUGUCGUUCUGCAGGUCCCAUGUGCUUUCUCACUCCUAUUGCCUGCAUCAGGAUAUGAUACGUCUGGCAUGCACAGACACCACACUGAAUAGCCUGUACGGCUUAAUUCUAGUGCUGCUGAUAGUCAUCCUAGACCCAGUGCUUAUCACUGUGUCCUACAUCAUGAUCUUCAAGACUCUGCUGGGCAUCACUUCCAGAGAGAAACAGGCCAAAGCCCUGAACACUUGCAUAUCCCACUUCUCUGCUGUCUUGAUUUUCUAUGUCCCCAUGGUUGGCCUAUCCAUUAUACACCGGUAUGGGAAGAAUGCUGCACCCAUUAGCCAUGUUCUCAUGGCCAACAUCUACCUUUUCAUCCCACCUGUAUUGAACCCCAUCAUCUACAGUAUGCAAACCAAGCAUAUUCGCAAAGGCAUCAUCAGACUCCUAAGUCAAAGGCUGGCCUGGCCUGGCCAUGGUAAGCAGGCCUGGAGUCGUUAA